UUCGGUCGAGACUCGGGGACAGCUGCCGCAGCGCGCACACCGGAGAGAGCAGGCGCCGUGCGCAGAGGCGGACGCCACCAAGCCGCUGCUUGCGCGCCCCCGCCCGGGGCUAUAAAAGCCUUGCCACCUGCUGUCCUAGCUACUCCGCGUCCGUUUGCCUGGAGGAGCCAAGCUACGGUCUCGCGCGGCAGCCGGCCUGGAUAUGGACCCUGAGACCUGCCCCUGUCCUACUGGUGGUUCCUGCACCUGCUCGGACAAAUGCAAGUGCAAAGGCUGCAAAUGCACCAACUGCAAGAAGAGCUGCUGCUCCUGCUGCCCUGCAGGGUGUGAGAAGUGUGCCAAGGACUGCGUGUGCAAAGGAGAAGAGGGGGCCAAGGCGGAGGCGGAGAAAUGCAGCUGUUGCCAGUGAGGACCGAGCCCCUCCCCCACAGACUAUGCAAAUAGUGCCGGGUGUCCGUGGUUGCUCGGGAAUGUGAAUAAAUCCCGUGCCCAGCAUGAA